GGCCAGCGCGGCAAGGCACCGACCCAACACGGCGGCCGGAGUAGGUGCGUCCACGUGCGCCGCCGGAAGGAAGGAGCUGAGGCACCGGUAAAUCAGUGGUUCUCCGGUUAGUUCAACAUGGAGGGGACUCUAGUUCAGUCUGUCAUCGCUCCGACCGCGUACAGGAGCAGCUCUAAGCGCUCCCGUGUGCGUGUAAGGGCCACCAUGUUACGCAGUAUGCCAACAAGGACCCUUACUCUUGGUGGCUUUCAAGGGCUGCGGCAAACAAACUUCCUGGACACAAGGUCCGUGAUCAAGCGUGACUUCGGCUCCAUCGUAGCAAGCCAGAUUUCACGCCCACGAGGGUUGGGGUCAAAAAUGGUGGUCCGGGCCAUGUUCGAGCGCUUCACUGAGAAAGCUAUCAAGGUGAUUAUGCUUGCACAGGAGGAAGCAAGGCGUCUGGGUCACAACUUUGUUGGCACGGAGCAGAUUCUGCUGGGCCUUAUUGGCGAGGGAACUGGAAUUGCUGCCAAGGUUCUCAAGUCUAUGGGGAUCAGUCUUAAGGAUGCCCGUUUGGAAGUGGAGAAGAUCAUUGGACGAGGCAGUGGAUUUGUUGCUGUUGAAAUCCCAUUUACACCCCGUGCUAAGCGUGUGCUGGAACUUUCACUUGAAGAAGCUCGCCAGCUAGGGCAUAACUAUAUAGGAUCCGAGCACUUACUCCUAGGGCUACUUCGUGAGGGUGAAGGUGUGGCAGCCCGGGUACUUGAAAGUCUUGGUGCUGAUCCUAACAAUAUUCGUACCCAGGUCAUAAGAAUGGUUGGCGAAAGCACAGAAGCUGUUGGUGCUGGUGUUGGUGGGGGAAGCAGUGGUCAGAAGAUGCCUACACUAGAAGAAUAUGGUACUAAUUUGACAAAGCUGGCAGAAGAGGGUAAACUAGACCCAGUUGUUGGCAGACAGGAUCAAAUUGAGCGUGUAACUCAAAUUUUGGGAAGGCGGACAAAGAAUAACCCUUGCCUAAUUGGAGAGCCUGGUGUCGGCAAGACUGCUAUUGCAGAGGGGCUUGCACAGCGUAUUUGCAAUGGGGAUGUUCCAGAAACAAUCGAAGGAAAGAAGGUUAUUACCCUUGACAUGGGGCUCCUUGUUGCUGGUACCAAGUAUCGUGGAGAGUUUGAAGAAAGACUGAAGAAACUUAUGGAGGAAAUUAAGCAAAAUGAUGACAUUAUUCUCUUUAUUGAUGAAGUGCACACAUUAAUUGGAGCAGGUGCAGCUGAAGGUGCCAUUGAUGCUGCUAACAUAUUAAAACCAGCUCUUGCAAGAGGUGAACUGCAGUGCAUUGGUGCCACAACGCUAGAUGAGUAUAGGAAACAUAUCGAGAAAGAUCCUGCACUGGAGCGAAGGUUUCAACCAGUUAAGGUUCCAGAGCCCACUGUUGAUGAAUCGAUACAGAUCUUAAGAGGACUUCGUGAGAGAUACGAACUUCAUCAUAAGCUGCGAUACACCGACGAGGCUUUAGUUGCGGCGGCACAGUUAUCAUAUCAGUAUAUCAGUGACCGCUUCCUGCCUGACAAGGCUAUUGACUUGAUUGAUGAAGCAGGUUCCCGUGUUAGGCUCAGGCAUGCACAGCUCCCUGAUGAAGCCAAGGAGCUGGACAAAAAACUUCGCCAGAUAACAAAGGACAAGAAUGAGGCUGUGCGUGGCCAAGAUUUUGAGAAGGCUGGGGAAUUGAGAGAUGAGGAGAUGGAGCUGAAGGCUCAAAUUACAGCCAUUAUUGACAAGAGCAAGGAAAUGAUUAAAGCAGAGACUGAAUCUGGCGAAGUUGGUCCCGUUGUUACAGAGGCAGAUAUUCAACACAUUGUCUCCUCUUGGACUGGUAUACCUGUGGAGAAAGUCUCAUCUGAUGAGUCUGAACGCCUCCUUAAGAUGGAAGAGACACUCCAUACGCGUAUCAUUGGGCAGGAUGAGGCUGUUAAAGCUAUUAGCCGUGCUAUCCGACGUGCUCGUGUUGGCCUCAAGAAUCCGAAUCGACCCAUUGCUAGCUUCAUAUUCUCUGGACCAACUGGUGUUGGUAAAUCAGAAUUGGCAAAGGCUCUGGCAUCCUACUACUUUGGCUCAGAGGAAGCCAUGACCAGAUUAGAUAUGAGCGAGUUCAUGGAGAGACAUACGGUCUCCAAACUCAUCGGAUCACCUCCAGGCUAUGUUGGCUACACAGAAGGAGGGCAGUUAACAGAAGCAGUCCGCCGCCGUCCGUACACAGUUGUUCUCUUUGAUGAGAUUGAGAAGGCACAUCCAGAUGUCUUCAACAUGAUGCUUCAGAUCUUAGAAGAUGGGAGGCUCACUGAUAGCAAGGGACGGACAGUUGAUUUCAAGAACACGCUGUUGAUCAUGACAUCGAAUGUUGGAAGCAGUGUGAUUGAGAAGGGAGGCAGGAAGAUUGGAUUUGACCUUGAGUCUGACGAGAAAGACACCAGCUAUAACAGGAUCAAGAGCUUGGUCACCGAGGAGUUGAAGCAGUACUUCCGGCCCGAAUUCUUGAACAGAUUGGAUGAGAUGAUUGUGUUCCGGCAGCUGACGAAAUUGGAGGUGAAAGAUAUUGCUGAUAUUAUGCUCAAAGAGGUGUUUGACAGGCUCAAGGCAAAGGAGAUCGACCUCCAGGUAACGGAGAAGUUCCGGGAUAGGGUUGUGGAUGAAGGUUACAACCCAAGCUAUGGUGCCAGGCCUCUGCGACGUGCUAUUAUGAGGCUUCUGGAAGACAGUCUCGCGGAAAAGAUGCUGGCUGGUGAGGUCAAGGAAGGUGACUCUGCUAUUGUUGAUGUGGAUGCGGACGGUAAGGUGGUCGUUCUCAACAGUGGGAGUGGUAUUGCGGAGCCACUGGCGCCUGCUCUGAGUGUCUAGUGGGGGACACCAUCUUUGGCCUGUAAUCUGGCUUUCUUUACCUCUCAGCUUGAGUCCUGGUGAUUGUAAAACUAGAUUUACGUCAAACCCCUUCCAGUUAUGUGCUUUGUCCUUUCUUUUCACUCUUUUGAAUUUUGAAGUUUGGAGUCAGGCACUAGAAAUCGUCAUGUAUAUCGAACAGAUAGAGAUGCAUUCACGAAGCAAGUUGUACGCUAGAUUUUGAGUUGCUUUGUUUCUGAAAGAAAGUUGGAAGCAUCAUUGUCAUUCAA